UAGUGCUGCAGCUGAGAAGAGCUGAAUGAGACUCCUAUUAAAGUCAUUCAGAACUUCCUGAACGAUAUUAUUUGGAUGACAGACAUUUUACAUUAUUUAAGUACAUGUUAGAAACAUUGGCAAGAACAUAUCUGAGAGAAAUAAUGGCAAUGAACGUUAGAUAUAAAGAUGUUUCAUAUUUGAUAAGUGCAUCAUUUUGAUAAAUUUGAGACUAAACACAUUCUGGAGCAUUUUACAGGUUAUCUGUUGACUGGAUCUCGGCAGUGGGUUCUGCAUCUCUCUGGGAGGACUUCUUCCACUCACGGCUUUCCUCCUUCUACAUAAUCUCCAGAAAAACUCCCAACACUCUAACAGUGGCUGGCCAGACAUUUCACAACCUACAUUCCAGUCAGUGGUGUUAACGGACUGAUGGACUUACCCAAGCAGAUUACGAAACUCUUGUAGACCACUGGCGUUGGUAACAUGCGAGUGUGAGGUCACAGAUCCAGUUCUCCUAGUACACCUUCAUUCACAGAUCUCCAUACUAUAAAGGCUGUCACGCCAGUGUAGCGUAUACUGUGGAUUACAUGUGUAAUACUAAUGAUGAUGAAUUUUACACUCUGCAUCUAUUAUAUUUUACAGACAAGACAGUGUUAAUCACUUUCACCUAAUUUAAUUUUAAAUACAAGUUUCUUACAAACAAGUGACAUUCUAAUUCAUACUGGGAUACAGCAAUGGAUUUAUUUCACAGAGAUAAUGUAUGGAAGAUCACAUCUAUUUUAUUUUCAGUAUUACAGCUGGCAAUUGGUCAGAUGCCAGACUUUGUGGGAAUGGGGUAUGGGGGUGGAGCGGAUAGUGCCCCCGUCCUGGACACAACCCCCAGCACUGUAACAGUCAAACAGGGUGAGACAGCCAUACUGGGUUGUCAUGUCCGUAACACCGGAAAUACAUCGGUCAUGUGGUCAUAUGGUCAAGCAUACAAACAAAUUUCCACUGAUGAGGAUAUACUAGUUGAGGACCAGCGACUCAGUAUACAACAUAGAAAUAAUGAUGAGUGGAACCUUGUGAUAAAAAGUGUGCAGUUUGAUGAUGCAAAAGACUAUAUAUGUACUGUACUGUAUUUACCACCACAAGAAAAAUAUGUCACACUCCAUGUUUUUGGUUUACCUCAGAUUGACAAGGACCAGCUACAGGACCGCUACAUGUUCCGAGAAGGGGAGCCUGUGGCCAUAGAAUGUGUGGUCCAUGGGCCUGAUGCAUUGCAGGUCCACUGGUAUGCCUUCAAAACUGACCAAUCCUCCAGGGAGGAACAGAAAGAGCAGGUAUCAAACAACCAGUACUUGAGGAUUGGGCAGAUGAGCCGGGAUACGGACGGGAUAUAUAGAUGUGAGGCCAGCAACAAGUAUGGCAAGGACAUGUACGAGAUACUGCUGCAAACUUCAUAUGCACCAGUUCUCCGGGUACUGGAGAAAGAAGCGAUUGUAAAACUUGGCCAUCCUGUCAAGCUGACAUGCGAGGCUGAUGGUCGACCCCUCCCCAAUAUGGCCUGGUACCACCGAAAGUCUACCAUCAGCAACAACUUUAAGUACCACUUGGCUCAGUACACAGAGAGUGAGACAAAGAAGGUGUCUGAGCUCACCAUACAGCUGACUGAGCAGGAAGACAUGGGCCUGUAUGUGUGCUCAGCUGCUAACAACAAUGGCCGCAAUGACGCUGAGAUCAAGGUUACAGUUAUAUCUGAGAACGACCAAGUAAGCAGCACGCCAUCAACAAAGCUAAACAAGAUUACUUCCAGCACUGACAAGGAAAUGACUCCUCUAUCAAAACAAACACUACCUGCACAACACUUCAGCACCACAACAGGAAAACCAACUGAGCAAACAAGCAUCAAGUAUGAUGGCCCUAAAACUGGGGAGAGUUCCGACAGUUCUGCAAUUGGAGUUUCAGUUUCGAAACCUAUUAUAGCUCUAGCUUCACUAACUGUUAGCUAUAUCAUUGCCACAGUUUUAUAGUAUCAAACCUUCAUAUAGAGCUCUGUGAAAAAUUCUGCAAAGGAAGUAGCCAACAUCUGAGAGAGAGAGAGCGAGCAAGAUGGAUUAUUAUCAAUCAAUAAAUUAAUCCAGAUUUUCACAGUACAAGGACCGGUAUGGUGAAUGUUGACCAAGUGUCUGAACAUCACCUAUCACUGUACAUGUACUACUGUAUUAUAAUAAUAUCAACAGAUAUUUGAAAAGCAAAUUCUUGACAGUUAAAUGAAAGAAUUCUUUCUCAAGAACUUUGUACAAAGUGUGGAUAAAAUACUGGAUGUUGAAGUAUGUACAUGUGCCUUACAAGGAUCCAGGUGUUAGCUUUCACACUGUUAAAAUGACUUGGUCAAAUACAUGCGGCCAUUUUAACGUUACCAAAAUCUAUUUCAUUUCCUUUCUAAAUAUUUUCUAAGUUGUUAUACCUCUUUCAUCUGUUAUUGUACUGAAUGUAUAUGUAAAUAUCGUGUAUAUAUCUAUGCAAGAAUGAAAAGCAUUAAGUUAUAAAUGUUGCUCAAACAGUUAAAAUGAAUACAUGCUUUGUAUACAAGGUUCCGUUAUGACAAAUUGAAUAAAUAAUAGUUUA